AUGACAAUCGGUGACAAACAAAAAUGGACCGCAGUCCAAGUCCGUAACACCUUCUUAGACUAUUUCAAAUCCAAAAACCAUAAAUUCAUCCCCUCCUCCCCCGUAGUCCCAUUCGAUGAUCCAACUUUACUAUUCGCUAACGCCGGUAUGAACCAAUAUAAACCAAUCUUCCUCGGCACAGUGGACCCAUCAUCUGAUUUCUACACUUUGAAACGUGCUUAUAAUUCACAAAAAUGUGUAAGAGCAGGUGGUAAACAUAACGAUUUGGAAGACGUCGGGAAGGAUUCUUACCAUCAUACAUUCUUCGAAAUGUUAGGUAAUUGGUCAUUUGGUGAUUAUUUCAAAACUGAAGCUAUCAAUUAUGCCUGGGAUUUAUUGACUAACGUGUAUGGGAUCCCAAAGGAUAGACUUUACGUGACUUAUUUUGAAGGGGACGCCAAACAAGGAUUGGAACCUGAUACAGAAGCACAAGAACUAUGGAAGAAAGUCGGUGUUCCUGAGGAUCAUAUCUUGCCCGGGAAUGCUAAGGAUAAUUUUUGGGAAAUGGGGGAUCAAGGUCCUUGUGGUCCAUGUUCGGAAAUUCAUUAUGAUAGAAUUGGUGGGAGAAAUGCUGCUCAAUUGGUUAAUCAAGAUGAUCCGGAUGUUUUGGAAGUUUGGAAUUUGGUUUUCAUUCAAUUUAAUAGAGAAUCUAAUGGAGAAUUGAAAUCUUUACCUGCUAAACAUAUUGAUACUGGUAUGGGGUUUGAAAGAUUGGUUUCUGUUUUACAAGAUGUUAGAUCUAAUUAUGAUACUGAUGUUUUCCAACCUUUAUUUAAACGUAUUCAAGAAAUUACUGGUGCAAGAGAUUACACGGGGAAGUUUGGUGAUGAAGAUAAGGACAAUAUUGAUACAGCUUAUAGAGUUCUUGCUGAUCAUGUUCGUACUUUAAUGUUUGCACUAGCUGAUGGUGGUGUUCCAAAUAAUGAAGGUAGAGGUUAUGUGCUAAGACGUAUCUUAAGAAGAGGUGCUCGUUAUGCUCGUAAAUAUAUGAAUUAUCCAAUUGGUAAUUUCUUCUCCACUUUGGCUCCAACUUUAAUUGAUCAAGUUAAACAUAUUUUCCCUGAAAUCGCUAAGGAUCCUUCAUUCCUUUUUGAAAUCUUAGAUGAAGAAGAAGCUUCUUUUGCCAAGACUUUAGAUCGUGGUGAAAGAUUAUUUGAAAAAUACGCUGCCGCUGCUUCUCAAACUGAAUCCAAAACUUUAGAUGGUAAACAAGUUUGGAGAUUAUACGAUACUUAUGGGUUCCCAGUCGAUUUAACUGAAUUGAUGGCUGAAGAACAAAACUUAAAGAUUGAUGGUCCUGGAUUCGAAAAGGCCAAACAAGAAUCAUACGAAGCUUCUAAGAGAGGUGGUAAGAAGGAUAACGGUGAUUUGAUUAAAUUAGAUGUCCAUCAAUUAUCUGAAUUAAAUGAUAAUAACGUUCCAAAAACUGAUGAUAAUGCUAAGUAUGGUACUGAAAAUAUUGAGAGUACAAUUUUAAGAAUACAUGACGGUACUAACUUUGUCGAUUCCAUCACAGAAGUUGGUAAGAAAUAUGGUAUUAUCUUGGAUAAGACUUGUUUCUACGCUGAACAAGGUGGUCAAGAAUAUGAUACUGGUAAAAUUGUCAUCGAUGAUGCUGCUGAAUUCAACGUCGAAAAUGUUCAACUAUACAACGGUUUUGUUUUCCAUACUGGUUCCCUAGAGGAAGGUAAAUUAUCUGUAGGUGAUAAGAUCAUUGCCUCAUAUGAUGAACUACGUCGUUUCCCAAUUAAAAAUAACCAUACUGGUACUCAUAUCUUGAAUUUAGCCUUGAAAGAAACUCUUGGUGCUGAUGUGGAUCAAAAGGGUUCUUUAGUCAAUCCAGAAAAAUUAAGAUUUGAUUUCUCUCACAAGAAAGCAUUGACCACCGAUGAACUACGUAAAGUGGAAGAUAUCUCCAACGAACAAAUUAAAGAAAACUUGAUUGUUUAUUAUAAGGAUGUUCCAUUAGAACAAGCUAAAUCCAUAAAUAACGUUCGUGCAGUAUUUGGUGAAACUUACCCAGAUCCGGUCCGUGUUGUUUGUGUGGGUAAACCAAUCGAUGAACUAUUAGCUGACCCAACUAAUGAAGAAUGGAACAAAUACUCCAUUGAAUUCUGUGGUGGUACCCAUGUGGCCAAGACUGGUGAUAUCAAAUAUUUCGUUGUCUUGGAAGAAAGUGGUAUUGCUAAGGGUAUUAGAAGAAUUGUCGCUGUUACUGGUUCUGAAGCUUUCGAAGCUCAAAGAAUCGCCAACGAAUUUGCAUCAGAAUUAGAAACCGCUGAAAAACUACCGUUCUCUCCAUUAAAGGAAAAAAAAUUAAAGGAAUUAGGUGUUAAAUUGGGUCAAUUGUCUAUUUCCGUCAUUAACAAACACGAAUUGAAGGAAAAAUUCACUGCCAUUGAAAAAGUCGUUAAGGAUGAAGUUAAAUCUAGAGCCAAGAAGGAAGCCAAACAAACUUUAGAUGAAGUUAAGACAUAUUUCACUGAAAAUGCUGAUGCUCCAUAUUUCGUUAAGUUCAUUGAUAUCCCAGUUAACGCAAAAGCUAUUACUGAAGCCAUUAACUAUAUUAAAUCUUCUGCCAAAGAUAAAUCUAUAUAUUUAUUGACUGGUAAUGAUAGCAAUGGUAAGAUUGCUCACGGUUGUUACAUUUCAGAUGCUGCUUUGGCUAAAGGUGUUGACGGUGCUGUUUUGGCGAAACAAGUUUCAAAUGUCAUUGGUGGUAAAGCUGGUGGUAAAGGUAACGUCUUCCAAGGUAUGGGUGAUAAACCUGAUGCUGCAACAGAAGCUGUUUCUGAAAUUGAAAAAUUAUUGAGAGAAAAGUUAACCAUAUAA